CUCUGAUACCACUACAUCAUCGGUUUUGAAGCUUCUAUAUGUUGCAUAAAGUUCGUAUGACAACCCGCAUCAUUUCCACCUUCCUUGAGUCUUGUUGUUUUGCAUCUAGAAUGGUCCCUCGAUAUAAACAACAUCUGAAUUCGCAAUGGAGUUCGCAGACACUAUGACCAGAAUACUCGCGGUCCCGGAAUUGCUGGAACUCAUCCUCUUACACCUUGACAUGAAGACACUUCUUGUGUCUGCAUCGCGGGUAUGUCGUCACUGGGCUGCGAUAAUAGGAGAAUCUCCCAGAAUACAGCAAGCGCUGUUCUUCCAACCCGUGUCUUCGGCAGGGGCCCGAAGACCGCAGAGUUUCACACUCAAUCCGCUGCUGGUUGAAAAGUUUGGACGAUGCUUCUUCGAUAUCGAUCGCAAGUACACGUACCUUCGAAGAGCAGACUCGUUCCUUCGCUUACCUUGGGCUCCCGAAGGUGCGAUUAAAGCACAAGGGGAAGCAAGAAGCUUAUCUAUGCUGGAGAAGACGGAGCGGCUUGAGAACUUCACAAUGGGCACUUCCAGUUGGCGACGGAUGCUUGUAUCUCAACCACCGCCUCCGACUAUGGGAUAUCUGAAAUCAGAGGGCUUUAACAUGUGGUUCCGCAAUGUUCGCACUGCUCUUAUCAAGCCAAAAUCCUCACAGGGCCUCUGCAUGGGUCAGCUAUACGACAUGGUUCACAGCACAACAUGCCAACCGGAGAACUACUCUAUGUGGUACCGGAUCAGCUGGGGUGAUGCGCGAGAGACGCAUCAGACCCAACUUUGCCGGGAACAGUGCGAGCUGCUCUUCGGCGCGACUAAUCUCGUGGUUGAGUUCUACAGUAUGGAUGGAGGGGAUUGGGACUGCGGACCGUGGAACAUAGACUGUGUGAGAGAAGUGUUUACGUGUGCCGAUAGUUGUGGUGGUAGAGUUGAGAAAGGGGAGGAGGAGGCUAAUUUGGAGGAGUUUGAGACCUUGGGUUUGGAUGUGCUUACAUCGAUUUGGUGGCAUAAUGAGGAGGAUGAUUCAGCUGUAGAUGUCGAUGCGAAGGGUUAUGGGGUAUAGCCAGUGGCCUCAGCGAAUGGCUCAGAGAGUUUGACGUGUGAGUGAUAGGGAGGGGUUACAUUGGGUUGUCUAGACUGUCUGAACAGCAACUAACCGUGAGGAAAGGGAGAUGUCUCUGGAACGUCGCAUUGUAUUCGAAUUAGAAUAUAUAUGAGACCGUUAUGAUAUGAAGAGA